AAGGAGGAGAAGAGGCGCGUGAGAGAAGCCACCACCGAGAUCGGUGGUGCGGACUGGCGCGCCGAGGCGGCGUCGGCGGAGAUGCGCCUGCGCGACGUCAGGGAAAAGCUGAGCGUCUGUGAGUGGGCGCCCUGCUGCCACGUGCAGGCGAAUGUGGCGGUCAGGCGGGUGUGCUGAUGCUGGAUGCGCUCGCCUUGCAGCCACGCAGCAGGCGGUGGCGCGUGCCUUGUCUGCGCCGUUGUGCGCCGAGGCAAAGGAGCUGCCGGAUGUUGACCGCCUGCUCGACACCAUGACGCUGGCGGCGGUGGAGAACGAGCUGCCUGGCGGCGUGGCACCACAGGCGGCGGCGCUCUUGCUGGCGGCCCUGCAAGUGAGUAGGAGACGUACGCUGCAUCAAGGAGCACAGCGUUGAUCGAGACCUCAUUCUGCGCUGCUUCAGAAUCACUUGCAGAACGUGGCAAGCAGCAUGAUUGCCGCUGUGCGCUCGCACGGCGCCGACGGCAUCCGCACGUCAGGCCCAGCACCACCCGCGUCUGCGUCUGCAGCAGUGGCGGCUGCCGCAGCCUCAGCAUAUGCGCAGGCCCAGGCGCGUCUGUCGCGCUCGCCGUCGGUGAUGGAAGAGGACGAGGAGGCGCAGACGCAGCACGCUGGUCCUUCUUCAUCCGACUAUGCCGCACGCGCCAACCUCCUCGCUGCGCCCGCAGCGCAGAGUCCCAGUCGCUCGUUGCGCAACAUGCGCUCCGACCUCUCGACGCGCACGGGCACCAGCACGCUGGCGACAUGCAGUGCUGCAGACAGCAGCAUGAUUUCGUUUGUCAGCACCGCGCCCACCUCGCACGCCCACGGCUCCGACGACGGCCACGACACGAGUGGCGACGCCGACGCCGACGGCGACACCAGCAUGCAGGACGGCAGUGUGCUGCUCUCGCCGCGCUCGGCGGCCGCAAAGGCCGCGGCAGCGGUGGCGGCCAAGCAUGCCAGUGCUCAGGGUGCACCCAGCCUGCGGCUCCGCGACGUUGACUUUCUGCUGGCCCUCUCGCCGCAUGCUGCCGUCGAGCCGUUGGGUCAAAGCUCCGCUGCUCGUCUGCUGCUGCCCGCCGACGAGCAAGAGGACGUCACCGCUGCUACCCGCGCCUUUCAGCGCACCGAGCCGCUUGCGGGACGCAACGACACGGCCAUCAUGCAGGCGGCAGCGCGCCACGCGGCGCUGGCGAAGGUCUCCGACGUGGGCGGCGAGGGCAGCAUGGGUGCGCGUGCACGCUACAUCAUCGAUCAGAGCGUCGUCUUUGGCCUCUUUGAUCGCCCGGCACUCGUGGAGCAGCACGCGGCAGAGGCAAGCGGCCGCAAGCCACGCCCGACAAAGGGUGGGCUCUCGCUUGCGCCUCCACCGCCGCCGGCACCACUGCCGUCGGGCUCGCAGCCCAAUGGCUUGCAGCCGCAAGAGGCGCCGCGAGACGUGUCGGACGAGAUGGAGGCGCGCAGAAGGGCGCACCUCAGCGAGCCGCAGUACGAUGUUGCCGACCCCGUUGCGCUGCUCGCUGGCUUCGCCGACUGAGAAAGCGUCGCCGCUGUCCGCUUUCAGUCCCUCACUUCUUUACUCUCCUCCCUGGGCCACCAGCUCUUUUAUUCUAGCGCUUCCGUGUGCGCGCCCGGCUUCCUUCCUCAGACCCUCGCCCCACCGCACUCCACGUUAAUCCCUCCACUGCAUCGCCCCAUCACCAAGUCCCCACACCACACUCCCAUUGCCCCCUCGUCCACUCCAUCCACCGCACACACACACAUCAGACACACACGUCCUCCCUCUAGCUUGCUUCUCUCUCUCGGCACGCUCGCCUGCAAAAGGAAUGACAUAGCCGUUGCCUCAGCGAGC